AUGGUGGAGGUAUGCCUCGGUUUGAGCAGCUGGUGUACUGUAAGACAGCAGCGGAUCAUGUGGCCAGGUUCCUUCAAGGAUGUAACCACCACGAACCGUGAGCUCAUGCGCAAGCCCCGUGACUUCGUCCUUGCUGCACCCAAUCCUGAGCUUCGUAUGGCGUUGGCUGAGCCAAGUGGAGAUUUCGGCCGGGCAGGGCGCAGCAGCUGGCAUUACAACCUCAGCCGCCCACUGGGACGGAAGGUGAAGUUGCACUCCAUGGCCUCAGCCAGCUUUGAUGGAGAGCAUCUGCCACACAUGGCAUCAUUGACUGGAACAUGGUCGACCUUGAAAUACGGCUGGAAUGGCACGGCAACUGCGAAUGCCCAAGCCUUCAACACAAUAUGCCCAUCAGUUCCGGAUGAAGAACCGAGAUCUAGACCCUCCACUCACACAGGCUCGUCGCUUCAGGCAGCCUCGCGGUUGGCAAGAACACCGCGACCGAGCUUAGUCGGAACGGCCGCAGCAGUGACAAGGAAGGGAGAGUUCGAAGCUUUGCUGAACCAAUCGGGGCUGUCGACUUGGACAGAGUUUUCGCCCACCAUUCGUCAUCCGCGGCUCUGGUGA